AUUAUUUACGAGUAUUAUUUAAGAUUAAGUUUACAAAAAGAUGCAAUAAGUAUCAUUGCCACUGAUCGAGAAGUACCACAGCGGUCUCCAGAAGUCUGAAAAAUAUUCAUUCUUCCAUAGGCUUUGGUAACAUUAUGGUCAGCGUUACUGCAUCCUACUUAUGAGUCACGGGUCCAAAUCCCGACAACGGCAAAAGAAUUUUUCUGCGUCAAAAACGGUAGGAUUAGUCUGCAUUGCUGUAAUGAACAAGUUCUCAAACAGACUCAGCUCAAAAGUGUUAUGAAUUUUAUUUAUUUUUGCGAUGCAUAUGUAUAUCAAAUGAAUAUCUGGCGUAGAUUAAACAUCUAUGUAGAUAUAUAUGUAUAAUGUUUAAUAGCCGGUCAGCUAGCCUUUGAGUGUAUAUCUAAAAUAGAUAAUCGUGUACAUAUAUAUCUUAUACAAGGUGUAACAGAACUCGUAGUCACGGUUUAUAUAGCGUUAUCCUUUUGAAAAAGGAGUCGAAAAGUCCUGUACUAUUUUUUCCUGCAGUGCAUAAAUGUCUUGUAAUAAUUAAGCGAAGCACAACCAAUCCAUCGCGUUUCAGAACGGCAGGCAUAGCGGAGAGAAGGUAAGGCUACUACUGUUACGCCCUGUAUAUCCCUGUCACGAACCAUGCACCAUAUGAAAGUCUACUUCAAGCAAUAAAAUUACAUUAAGCUUUACCAACAAAAAAUCUAUUGGUUCCUUUAUUGGUGACCAGCAAAUCUAAUAUUUUCGAUAAUAAUUAAAAUAUUUCUUUACGAUGUUACAUAGAAAAUACAAUAUUGCUAAUCGGUUAUCUUCACCACUUUAGCACUCGAGUAGAGUAAUCAAAAGGAAGGUUUCAUACACACAUUAUAAUUAUUUUGGCAAAUAUUAUAUCAUGUAUAUUCCAAUUAUUCUAUGUUGUUUCAUAUAAAGUUUGUACAUGUAUUUACAAUAAAAAAUGUAUUGCAUAAUACAGUAUUAAAAUACUUUAAAGUACUUAUAUCUAUUUUACACAUAUCUAAAUGAUAUUUUAAAGGUGUUCAGUUUACAAUGUGAAAGUAGAUAUAUGAAAGAUGGAGUAUUAAGAAUGGGAUCAAUAAUAAUAAGUUACCUUUUCAAAAUUUCAACACCAACUACCGGCGGAUAUUUUUUGUAUAGGAUGGGCCAUUUGAAACCAGUCAUUUUGACUGGUCUUGGUAGUUCUAGUGUUAAUGAAAACUGUUAAACAUAAGGGUCUAGUAAAGCCAGGUCGGUCAUUUUGAAUUUUAAUGGCACAGGUGAGGAAAUCCCGUAGAAUUUCUAACUGGUAUUUGGCUACAUUUUUUCACGUUUUCGUCGAAAUGUGAUUGCCGUACUGACCAGUGGAUGUAUAAAAUGUGUCAGCCGGUCCGUGUUUGCGUUGAUAUUAUAUUUAUUAUCGAAAUAUCACCCUUGAAUCCUAGUCUCGUUAACGGGCCAAUUUUUGGAUAUCUUGUUUUGCAGUGCAUCACCCGUCAAAUUGUGAACUCAUUAGCUGAUACAUUUUAUGAAUACCUCGUUUCUUCGUGUCGAAUUUUUUAUUGGCACAUGUUAUUCGCUUCGCAGAAUACCAACUGAAAAUUUUACGCAAUUUUCACUGCCUCUGACAACAAGAUUCAAUAUGGCUGACCUAGCUUCACUGGACCCACAAUGUUAUGAUUAUAUGUUUAGCUUCCAUCAAUGAAGAAACAUGAUUCACUAAUUUCUACUAGAUUUAACCCUUUCGCUUCCACAAGUCGCUGCGCCAAAGCGUCGAUACUGAACGGGACCCCGUGCCAAAAGUGUACACGUUACGCUUAUAGCCUGUGUUGGAAGCGAAAGGGUUAAAAAUAUGAUCCAUGAUUUCCUACCAUUGAAAGAUAGAUUAACUGUAUCACUUUCAAUUUCAUUAUUUUUGGUACCGAUAUGACAAGGCAAAUACUUUAUCAACUUGAGUUAUUCGAAUUCAAAAACAUUACCAACUCAAGAUUACACUCAAGUCGAGAAUUUGGUGAAGGAAGAAGGAACACGUCUACAUACACUCAAUUCUGCAAGUCGAAUCCAAUUUUGCCGUUCUAAAAAUAGAAGACACCAUACAAGUGUGCAAUGAAGUUAUUUCGGGUCUUUAGGCCAAUUCUAUCUACUCACAGGAAAUUUAGCAUAAAAGUUCAGGGGCAACCAAUCUCAUUAACUAACUCCCGUCUACCAAAUCCAGAUUAUGAUUUUGAAUAUUUGUGUAAUCCGUCUAACAGAAAUGAGAUAUUUGAAAAUAUUCGAAAAAGGAAGAGCCAAGGAGACAUAGACAAGGUCCUCGAGUUGUCUCAAUCUCCAGAAUUACGAGAUACGUUUCUGGCAGAGAUAAAUACGAUUCCAAAUCAUACAGCUGAAGAAGUAAUGGAAUAUGGAGAAAAUCCACAAGUAAUAAGGGUUUAUGGUAAAAAGGCGGAAUUGAAUUUUGAAUGCAAAAGAUUGUCAGAAUUGGCGAAACAUUUGCAAUUAAUGAAGACGGACCGCUUGGGUCCACUAACAGGACAGAAGAGUUAUAUACUCCUGACAGACUUGGCAGAUAUGGAACAGGCACUCGUACAAUAUUCUGUAGACAAGUUGAUCAAAAAUAAUUUUAAAUUAGUCUCGGUACCUGAUAUUAUAUCUUCAGAAAUUAUAAAAAGGUGUGGAUUGAUAUCUAAAGCAGAUAGAACACUCGUAUAUUGUUUAGAUUCCCAAUACGGAGAAAAUGUAAGUCUUUCUGGGACAGCAGAAAUGUCAAUGGCACAAAUGUUAAUGAAUACUGAAUUCACGCGGCAAGAAAUCCCUUUAAAAUUAGCUGCAGUCAGCAGAUGUUAUAGAGCUGAAACUUCAACUCUUUACGAAGAACGAGGAAUAUACAGAGUACAUCAAUUUACGAAAGUUGAAAUGUUCGUUUGUUGCGAACCAGAAGAAUCCUCAGAGUUUUUGCACAAGAUACAGGAGAUCCAAGAAAAUCUCUUUUCUAAUUUAGACUUACAUUUUAAAGUAUUAGAUAUGCCUCCACACGAGUUAGGAGCCUCUGCAUAUCGGAAAAUGGAUAUCGAAGGGUGGAUGCCAGGUCGAAAGCAAUUUGGCGAAUUGUCCAGCUGUAGUAACUGUACCGAUUAUCAGUCACGUCGAUUGAAUAUUAAGUACAGAUCACGAUCUGGAAAAUUGCUGCAUGUUCAUACCUUGAAUGGUACAGCAUGUGCAAUACCACGAAUGUUGAUCGCUAUUUGUGAAACUCAUCAAACAAAAGAUGGAGAUAUAAAGGUUCCUAAAAAACUUAUACCUUACAUGCAAGGGAAAACUUUAAUCACAAAACAGUCUGCAGCAAAUAUGAAACCUCAUAAACUUCAACAGAAUAUUUAGUAAAUGAAAUAAGAACAAAAUGUAUAAACAAGUUAAGAAUGAAUAUCUACAUUUUCAUGAUAAAUCAUUACCUGAACACAGUUCAAUUAUUUUUAUUAAUACUUAUUAUAUAAGUUUAAAUAUAGUCCGUGCGCGGUGGUGAUGUAGCUAUAAUAA